UAUGUUUCCUCGGUAACGAAUGACGCCCUGUUGAAUUAAUUUGCCUUUUUGAACAAUAUUCACGACAAUUUUGAGUAUGGGAGACAGAGGAUAUAAUUUACGGUUUGGACCAGGGGCUGCCGAAUCAGUGGAUCAAUACUUAGAGUACAGAAGGAUUGUUGGUGAUGAUGAUGGAGGCACAUUGUUCACACCGGAGCAGUAUGAGGAGUACAAGAAAAAAGUCAUCCCAACCCGUAUGAAGAAUCGCUUGUUUGUGAGCUGGACAUCGCCCACUGGAAUGGACUGCAAGAUGAUCGGCCCAGAAACAAAGUGUUUUUGCCAGCACAGGUACAAGCAACAUAAGACAGACUUUGAGAAGAUCCCCACAGAGCGGCCCAUUAUGCUGCCUUGCCGGGUCAAAGGUUGCAAGUGUGUCUCCUUCAACUAUGUGCCACUCAACGGCAGUCAGCCAAUCAGAUGUCGGUGUAAGCAUUAUUCCGAUGAUCAUUCUGAAGAACAACACCAUGGAUGUCGAAAACCGGGAUGCCAGUGUGUAGCUUUCAAAAGUUCAUUCACCUGCAGCUGUACGCAGCCGACCUAUGCGCAUGAAACCAUCGUAGAGACUAAGGAAGAGAGACAGGCCAGAGGUCAUCCUGUGGGUCACAAUGUUCCUUACCAAGCCAUGGGAGGACUGACAGGGUUUAGCUCUCUAGCAGAAGGGUACAUGAGACUCGAUGACAGCGGACUUGGUACACCAGAUGAAGCAUUCUUGAAUCAAGCCAUAGGAUCAAGUGAUCAUCCAUUCCUACGCAUGCAUGGACCAACCCUCAAACAGCUCGAAGGCAGGAAUGGUCAAGAAGUGGCCCAGCUGACCGAUGACAUGGCUAACUUUAAGCUAACAGGGACUGAUUCUGAUAUGGAAUACUAUGAGAAGCGAUACCAGCAGAGGUUAAAAGAAGAGCGGAUGAGAGCAAGAGCUGCCCCGAACAUCAAGCCCCCUGCUCGUAGGCAAGCCUUACCUCAGACAAGAUCAGGAUCAUUGAGUGGUGGUAAAACAAAGCCCACUUCUUCAAAAUCUGGGAAGCCUUCUGGGAAAUAGUUCUGAGUGGUAUUUCACUAUAUUAACAAAAACAACAAUGGCUGUUUCCUCCAGAUCUUGAAGACCUGAAGAAGAGGACUAUGGUAGUUCUAUCAUCAUUUUGGAGAUGGCCAAUCUGCAUGGUGUUUCACCAAAACUAGUUGAACCAAUAAAAUGAAUGUCACUCCUUCAAGAGUGGGAAAUUUUGGAAAUCAUCUUCCAGGAUGUGUUUUGAGUAUGAUUUCACCAAACUGCCAGGAUGGCGAGAGGAACUGCCACUUACUCAAGAUUUAUGACACCUGGAAAAAAUUGUUCCAUCAUCACCUAGGAGAUAUCCAUAAUAGGUGGUUUCAGACCGCCUCGAAGUUUGUCAGUUCCAGGUAU